AUGAAUAUUAUAUCUGCAAUAUCUGGAGGAAUUACAGAUCUGUCUUUUCAUGCUGUUGGCUAUGCAUGGCAGAUUGUCAAUUGUUUCCUGACUGCAUCAUAUUCUUCAAUCCAAAGUGGUGGAAUGGGUGAUGAUGCCUAUUUAAUGAGCUUCUCAAAACUUUACUUCCAGCAGGUUGGUUUAGGAUGGGACUUAGACACCUUUGCAGGGUCAGCAUGGUGA